UUAUCCGGAAGUUAACAGUUGACCUCUGUUGUAGUUUUUCUUCCGCGGGUUAUUUGAGUUUUUUCCCUACAACGUUAGUGCUUAAUUACGCCGGUUAUCUUAAUACCAGCGUUUCUAGAAAAAGCAGUUUGCAGACUUUGCUACUUUACAAUCUAGAUGGAUGUCUACUUUUAACAGCUAACCGAAGCUAACCCGGAAGUUGGUGACGGUCAACGUUAGCACGUUAGGCUAACGUGAAGUAAGCUAGUUGACUGUAUUUGUUGCUUUUCAAUCUUUUGUCACGAAAGCUGAAAAUUAGUGUUAUAAGUUAUGUCUCUAAGUGCUGUUCACGGAACACUUUCGAGUCUGAAGUCAUGUCAGGCGGACAUUGGGACAGGAAUGGACAUUGUGACGGAUGUAGCCAUGGACCUGGUGGAAGCUCAGGAUGAAGGGAUGAACUCUAAUGUCAAACAGAUGGAGGCCAUGAUUCUGGAGUGUGCUAAACUGGACAGAGAGAUUAACUACUUCAUUGAUGUUGUACAACAAGUCACAUCCGGGGUUACUCCACAGCAGCCAGAGACCAUGUUCAGCCUGUCUGACAAGGUGAAGGAGCAGUUCUCACAGAGAACUGCCAGACUUUCAGAUGCUGAACUACACAAUCACCAGAAAGUGCUGGCCUUCAAGGACAGCAUCAAGAACUUUCUCAAACAAGCCAACCAAGAGUCAGAAGAGAACAUGGAGGAGCUUGACGAGGACAUCGCUGUUACACAGAGCCAAGUCAAUUUAACCUGCCCACUCACACAGGUGGAAAUGGAGAACCCAGUGAAGAACAAGAAGUGUAAUCACCACUAUGAUGAAGGAGCCAUACUGAGCUUGAUCAAAACAAAACACAGCCAGAAAAAGAAAUGCCGCUGUCCUGUAGUCGGCUGCGGGAACACGGAUGUCAAAGAGUCAGAUCUCAUUCCUGACCAGAUACUGCGAAGAAAGAUCCAAAGCCAAAAGAGACAAAACAACAGGACAUAGUACUCUACAUUUCUGUUAACAAGAUCUUUAAUCUUAAAACCUGUGCUUUGGGAAGUACCUUUAUGUCAAAAGAAGACUGCUGUGGGUUGUGUUUUGAUCCAAUGUCAACAGUAACAUGUUGCCACUCUGUGUGCAGGUAUUUUUGUUGGGAAACUACUUAAUAUGCAGAAAAAAACAUGGAUGCCAAGUUAAAUCCAUAUUUUGAGUUGAUGACUUAUUAAUACUUUAUUUGCAGCUUUUUUGUGUUCUCCCUUUUUGUUGGAUGUAAAUAAAAACUUCAGAGAUUUAGAUAAUAGAUUGCUGUUACACUUGGUGACUGAUGUUUCAAUUUUUUUUUAUCUUUUAUGUUAAGAUGCAGUAAGUUGGCUGCACCACUAGAGAGCAGAGUUUGCUUGAUGGCAGUGUCAACCAAUGGACACCAGCACUGUAAUAUAAAUCCUCAGCCUCAUGUUUUUGUAGUACAGCGAGAGUAGUGACCACUAGAGCUCCUCUGGCUUCCGGUUAGUGAGUCAGUACUUUCUACUCGGGUUUAAGACCCAUCUUAACUUGGAAAAAAAUUGGACAUAGUGAAAUCCUCUUUUUUUACACUUUAUUCUAAUAGCAAGAACAACCCUUGCAAUGAAAAUCAAAUGCUGCAACUGUGUGAAAGUGCCAUAAACAAACUGUUCUUUUAGCUCUGUGGGAAUGCUCUUACGUGAUUAAAUCUCCCCAAGUGUUCACGUUGCUUGUGAAGGGUCAUUGUUCCAAAGAGAAACAAAGACUGUAUUGAGAUGAAACUAGGUAAAGCUAAUCUUUUAAUAAUCUUACAUAAGUAUUUUAAAUUCUUUAAUGACUCUUUCCUUGAAUAUAAGUGCGUAAAGCAACAUUUCAAGCAUUUUGCCAAUGAAUAAAUUAAUUGGCAACAG